AUGAACAGUGGUGGAACCUGUGGUUUGAGUAUGUCAGUCAUCAGGUUCUGGGGUAGAAAACAGUGCAAUCAGCCCAUCGUCACACAGCAGUUCACCAGCAAAUUCUCAGUAUGGGUCACACAAGAACAAGUUUACAAAAAAAAAUCUGCUAAUUCUGAAGGAACAGUUGCUUCAGAUGGAAAUUCAAGCAGCAGUACGUCGAGUCCAAGUCAUUCACCUCGGUUAACAAGGCGUGCCGCAACUAGUCCAGGGCCGUUGAUAGCGCCAUCAAGACCACCUGCUAUUGACAACUCUCCUCUUGUUGAACCAAAUGCAAAUAAAGUAACAUUGCUGACGGGUGAAGGUGGCCGAUUAAAGCGAAACAUACCCUUAGUUCAGGGUAGAGAUUUCGUAUUAGUUCCUGACUCUCUCUGGAAAGCUUUACAACAGUGGUAUGGGGGUGCUCCAGCUCUACCAAGACAGGUGAUUCAUGGUCGGUCCAGUGGUGAAGUCGAGUUAGAAUUGUAUCCUCUUACACUACGAUUAUUUCGUCAUGUGCAGCAGCAGACUAGAACGCCCAAUAACUCAUGGGUUGGGGUGGUCGGUGGCUAUGGUGCUGCUGCUUUGAAUUCAGCUCCUUAUUAUGUCACAUCAUUACCGAACUCUAGUACAUCGUCACCAAAAAGAUACCUAGCAUACCUUGCUGCAUUUAGUCGUUUAGCAACCCUCCGGCAGGUGUACGAAUACCUUGCAGCCAAGUUGCGGUUAAGAAUAGAGGACAUGAGGCUUUGGUGUGUUCGAGAUGAGCCUGCUGGUAUGAUCCUUCUAGAAGAGGAAGAUACUACCCUGGAAGAUGCGUGUGUUGCUGAUUAUGGCUCAGAUUUUAAUUGAAGUUAGAAAUAAAGACUUAACGUGGCCAGAAGAAAUGAGUCAGAUAGCUUCAACUCGAAUGAUGAGAAUACAGUCUAGG